UUGGCAUAAAAACAUUGACAGUCGAACAGCUGAAUUGAAGAAAGAAUUGUUGAACCACAUUACUGCAAAUUGAAAAGGCAUGACAGUCUACUGCUACCUGGACGUGGAAUUGAAAUUACGCGACGAAGAUAAAGCCGUUGUGACGCCUGCUUACUUUCUGGGAAGUAUAGAAGAUUCAUUGCAAAGUUUCUUCGGUGAGAUUGGUGGACAAACUGAUUUAGAAUUGGUAAAGUUUGACAAAAACCGGAAACGUGGAAUUCUUCGAGUGCAAGACGAAUUUCUUUCACGCACCCGUACUGCCAUUACCUUGAUUGGACAUUUUCAGGACAUUCCCUGUCAUUUUAUUGUGAAAGAAACUUCCGAAAAGAAACUAGAGUUUUAA